GCUAGUCUUGAAAGAGCUAUUUGGAAGUGAAAACCGAGACAGGUAUUCUCUGCACGGCACACACUGCGCCUUUAACACCAUGGGCACAAUGGGUGACAUGUUGGUUUUGAUGGACUUCCAAGGCCAACUGGAAGAUGAGUUAAAUAUGAAAGCUGGGGAUGUUAUUAGGAAUGCAAAGAAAACUGUGGAAGAUGGCUGGCUGGAAGGGGAGCUUAAUGGAAAGAAAGGAGUCUUCCCUCAAAUCUUUGCCAAGGAAAUUCCUUCAGUUUUCCUGAAUGACAAUGGCCAAAGAUAUCCUAGAUCCAUCAGGAAAGUCAAUGCUUGUAUUCAGAAGACAAAGCAGCGACUGUGUAGGGCAGAAUAUGACUAUACUCCUGGGAAACCAGAUGAAUUAGAACUCUGUGCCGGAGAGGUGUUCGAAGUUCUAGAAGAGAUUGAAGAUGGCUGGUGGCUGGGCAAGAAGGGAAAUAUUAUUGGAGCUUUUCCAUCCAACUAUGUACAAGAAAUUGCAGCGCCUCCUUCAGAAAAGUUACUAGAGCUGAAGAAAAAUAAUAAACAGAGACCAAAAAUGAUGGAAUCCACAUUUAUACCAAAUGAUGAAGAGAAGGGUAAACAAGAAGAUAAGUCUGCAAUGAAGAACCAAAAAGCUGCGGAUUCUGUGUCUUCACUUCAAACAGUCCAAGAGUUCUGCAGGGUUAUGUUUGACUACACCCCGUCAUUGCAAGAUGAGCUGGCUCUAAAGAAAGGGGAUGUAGUGUCAAUAAUCAGCAAGGAAUCAGAAGAUGAAGGAUGGUGGCGAGGAGAACUAAAUGGAAAAACAGGGUUGUUCCCUGAUAAUUUUGUUAUAUUACUGCCUCCAACCUCCCAGAUUAAAACCAACAAGCCUCCGAUGCGCACCUUAACUGUGAGAGGACAAGCUAAAGUGAUUUCAUUGCCUGUUGAUCAAACUCUUCCAGCUGUUAAUGGGCCAGGUUCUUCCUCCUCUACAGAUCAGACAGAUAUAUCUACAAUGGACAAAAAAUAUGUAGGUGUGACAAGGCCUGAAUCCCCUGCCUCUACGGGUCAGAAAGCUAAAACCGAGAAAACCACAGUGGACAAAAAACUCCCUGAUGUAAACAGACCAGUGUCUCCGACUUCUGCAGGACAGAAAGCUAAAACAGAUGCAGCUAAAGCGGACAAAAAACUCCCAGAUGUUAAAAGACCAGAAUCCCCUGCAACAUCAACCCAGAAAGUGAACACAUCUACAACAACGGAUAAAAAAGAUGUGAACAAAGCAGAUUCCUCAUCCUCUCAAACCCAGAAAGAUCAAAAAGAAGCAAAGGCAGAGUCUGCUUCAAAACCAAGUCAUCAUCCAGCAAAGAAACCUGCACCAGCUCCUCCAGUACCGGCCAAAAGCAAACACAGUGCUGCUAACAAGCCUGCUUCAGAUUCUCAAUCAAAACUUGCAGAAGAUGGAAAGGAAAAGAGCACUAACACUUUAGAAGGUCUGAGAGUAUCGUCUGUGAAGUUAGCACAUCCUACAGCUGAGAGGCCAAAGAUCCAAGGCAGGAGACCGCCAAAGACUAAUGGUCUAAAGAAUCUCACAGAGCCAGUUUGUAUAAAGGAGGAAGAGCAGGUGAAUUCUCACAUUAAAAGCCCUACAUCUGCAAAGGCUAUGCCAAAGUUUUCCACCUCAUCAGGCCAAGCCUCCACCCAGACUACAAAGACGAGCUCACAGUCUCCUUCACUCCAUUCGAACAAGCAGUCUGUAGAUUCAGUACAAAGUGCGCAAGUGGAAGAACUUGCAGCGGAGAUUAAAUCCCUUAAACUUAUGAUGGAAAUUCUGAAAAAUAAACAUUUGAAAGACAUGGAAGACAUAAGAGGAGAAAUUAGCGAAGAGCGUAUUAAACGAUUAGCGCUGCAGAUGGAGAUAGAAAACUUGAAGGUAUCUUCAACAUAAAUCAAGUGCAAGAGAUGGGCUGAUCCCAUGAAUCAUUUGAAGUCACUGCCAAUAACACCUAUGUAUGUGCUGCCUUCAAGGAAUUUGCAGAUAAAACUGAUGUGGUUUAUUCUUGAGGAGGCUUCACUCACAAAGCAGACGCUAGAAAGAUAAAUAUUGAGAUGGAACUUAAUAGAUGAGAGAGAAGUAUAAUCUGCCAUUUAUAUAAAAUGCCUGCAAAAUAACAGACAGACUUUUCAGAUUUUGCUGCUUAUGCUAAGGGACACUGUAGGCACCCAGACCACUUCAUCUUAUUGAAGUAGUAUGGGUGCUGUGCCCUUUUGCACCUAGUGCUGCAAUGUAAAACAUCUUCACAGACCUCCAGCGUUAGAUUUUCCCCAUAGGAAAGUAUUAAAUAAUGCUUUCCUAUGGGGAGGUCUAAUGCGCCCGUGGCCAUUUCCGCGCAUGAGCAUUAGGUCUCCCCUGCCGGCUGACUUUGGUGUGGGAGGAGGGUGGGUGGAGCCUGAUCCAGCGCCGAGGGACAUCAG